GCAUUUGAAAACAAUCAUUCGAUAGUAUUUAAAAAAUUAAUUGUUUAGACUCGUGGUGUCGGGAAAGUGGAACAUUUGAGUACCGAAGAAUCAGUCGUCAAUUGAAUGUGAAGUGAAAUAGAUUGGUAUAUAUAUCAGUGGCGUAGUUCAUUCUUGGAGAAAAACUUCUCUUUUCAAAUCUUUUUGGGAAAGCAAUAGAAACAGAAAUAUCGAUUCAAAUCAACAUUAAAAACAUCAAAUAGAAAACUUGUAAAUCACGUAAAAAAAAUGAAGCCAUGUGGCUAUUUCCUACUAUUCAUUGCAUUCAUCGGCAGUGUCGCUUCGGAGGGUAUCAGUGCAAAAAAGUGCACAGAAUUUAGUCAAACACCACAUUCACGGAACUGUCAUCAUCGAGUAUCGCCACUGUUGGGCUAUCGUCCCGCCGUUGCCAAUGAAUUUCCACACACAGCAUUGUUGGGAGCGGAGAAAGAUACUACACAUCAUUCGCACAUAGAAUGGUUCUGUACAGGUGUUUUGAUUUCACAUGACUACGUGUUGGCCUUGGCAGAAUGUGGUUUUGUAUUCCUCAUGAAAGAGGCAACGCAUGUCAGAUUGGGCGAUUUUAACUAUGGAUCGAAUAAAGAAAUUUUGAAGCCGUUGAAUGUGAAAAUCGCUGAAGUUAUUUUGCACCCAAAAUACACGAAGAAAUCGCUGUACGAUAACUUAGCUUUGGUUCAACUGCAACAAUCGGUCAAAUUUGGUUUGCACAUUCGGCCAGCUUGUUUGCCUCAAAUGUUUGAAAUAGCCGAACAGACUGUAUCGAUGACUGGCUGGCCGUUUAAAUUGUACAGCGUACCAAGAUCGUUGCGUUAUAAGCAAGACAUGACGCUGCGCAAAUACAACAUGAAUCCAAUUGAUUUCGAAGAAUGCAAAAAGAUAUUUGGGCCACAUGACAUCAAAGGAAUGUUACAAGGCAUAACUAACACACAAAUCUGCGCAACAAUCAUUAUGGAGGACGAUCAGAGAUACUUCAAAAUGCCUCGACCACUUGAGGUACUUGAUGGCGCUCCACUGCAGGCAAUUCAAAACAAUGACCACUGUAUGUACACCAUUAUCGGAUUGUCUCACUUUAAACCAACAUGGGGAUUGUUGAAAGUUCCUCUUGUAUUUACCCGUAUCUAUCCGUAUUUGGCAUGGAUUGAACAAAAUGUUUGGCCAGAAAGUUUGACAUUGUAAACAACAUUUCGAUAUCUAGAGAUUUUUUUUCUUGACACGUUUGAAUUUUAGAGGAAUGUAGUAUCACUUAGAAAUUGAAAAAUUCAAUCGAAUUCUUUGCUUGUUUAG